GCGGAAAGGUCCACGUCCACGCGAACACGCAAGGCGACUGGGUCGGCGCGGACCUCGCGGAGGACGAGGCUUUGGUCGGUCUCGGCGGGUUGUGGCCCAUCUGGACGAACGGUGAGUGGCCGUCGGCGGGCCACCGGCUGAGUCUGGAGGGCGGCGAGGGCGGCGGCGGCGGCGCGGUGUCCGUCGCGUUGAUCGCGGGCCCGCUGGGGCAGGACGACCCCCUCAAGCCCUUCCCGGGCCUCGGGCCCAAGUGGGAGUCGAGUGAAGCCAACUACCGCGUGAGCGCCGUGUCCAUCUACGGCGACCCCGCGCCGGCUCCGGAGGACCCGGCUCCGGAGUGCGCGACGACGGAGGCGCGCGGCGUUCGGGUCCGCGGCCGCCUCAACGGCGACAUGGGGUCGGCGCUGGUCGGCCCGCCCGUGCACCCCUGCGAGUUCGCCGACUUUGACUCCUUUUUGCGGACGUCGUGUUUGGACGCGCGGAAGACGACGCUCGGAAGGAUCGACCUCGCGGGCGACCACACGGGCCCGGCUUUGGUCGCCGCGGAGUACUCGGACUGCGAGCCGGCCCACGGCGCCCGGGCCUUCGACGCCGAGGGGAACCGGCUGAACACCAUGGCGGACCUGCUGGCCUUGGCGCGAAAAGGCCGCGGCGUCGUCGGCUACCCGGCGAAGGUUUCGGGAGACGCGGACGCGACGUGGGACGCCAAGGCCGCCGCGGACGUCUGGCUCGUGCCCAGCGGCGUCCACUUCGUCUGGCCCACCGUACGCACGGGCCACGCGACGGUUACCGAUUUAGCCGACGCGGAGACGGGCGUCGACGCGGGCCACCGCUCCGUCGUCACGACUCUCUCCAUGCGGCCCCAGGUGUUUCGCAUCUCCCAGUUCAUGAUGGGCCACGAAACCGAAAAGUUGAUCGAGCGCAACAAGCCGCGCAUCAAGCCGUCGGAGGUUGGAUUGGUGGGGCGGUCGGGCGACAAGACGCGGACGUCGACGAACGCCUGGGACACGGCGAGCCCCGUCGCGCGCGACGUCAUCGGCCGCGCGUUCCGCCUGCUGAAGAUCGACGCCCACCGCAAGCUCGAGGACGGGCUGCAGGUGCUCCACUACGAGCGGCCCCAGUGGUACAAGCCCCACGUCGACUACUUCACGUCGCGGAACGCGGGCGGCGGCGGCGCAUCCGAGGACGCGUUCUCCAACGCCAUCCCUACCGCGAACAACGGCACGAACCGCUUCGCGACUGUCUUCCUCUACCUGAACAACGCCGGUAGUGGCGGCGAGACCGUCUUCCCGCUGUCGACGACGCACGAGAUCUACCAAGGCGGGCGCCUCACGCAGGCGGGCACGAACCGCACCCCGGGCUUCAUCCGCGACGCGGACGCGGCCUGGGUCUGCGACACCAAGUCGGAGGCCCUGCGCGUGACGCCGCGCACGGGCGACUCCGUGUUGUUUUAUUCGCAGCGCGGCGACGCGUCGUUGGACGGCUACUCGCUCCACGGGUCCUGCCCGAUGGGCGACGGCGAGAAGUGGGCCGCGAACCUCUGGGUCUGGAACCGGCCCCGCGACGCCAUCGACAAGGCCAAGGCCAAGGCCAAGGCGGGCAUCGAGUGCGUCUUCACGAACAAGGCCAGUUCAAAGGUCGCGCUCUACUGGGACGACGGCGGCGACCUCGCGCCCCAGGGCGACAUCCCGCCGGGCCAGGGCGUCACGAUCAACACGUUCCCGACCCACAAGUUCACGGCCUUCCUCGGCGACAAGGACGGCGCGCGCCUCGGGUCCUGGACCAUGCGGCAGGGCCUCACGAAGAUCGACGUCGGCGUCGGGCGCUAGGCGCGCCGUAAACUCGCGCGGUCGCUAUCCC